UAUCAACCCAGACUUCCUUGGGUUCUGUUCCAUUGCAACAGAAGAUCUCAAUCUAUUAAAGCACUUCCUUCAUUUCUUUGUGGUAAUCAUCACCAGUCAUCGAUCUGCUUCCCUCCCUAAGCUCUUACACUCGCCGGAUUCAAAAUGUCAACCGCAAACCUAAGUAGCAGCCACGGUUCAACCUCACGAUGGCCCAGAGAAUCGAGUGAUCAGUCUGGUUGGAAUGCUUUCAAGCGGCUGACGCUAUUGACCAGGUUUUUGAAGCCUAUAUGGACAGUUUAUCUGAUAUCUGCUAUACUCUAUACCACCUCAGUGGUCGUCAUCUUCCCGGGGUUCCACCUGCUCUUCGAUGGGCUCCUCACCAGCCGCCAGUCUCCCGUCGAUCCCACCCUCUCAGCCAUCCAGUCUUCAACCAUCCAAAUCGUACCCAGGCUUCUUCCCAACCACCACGGUGAUUCCCAUUCUCUAGAUCGCCUGAAAAUUAGAAAGAAUCUCAAGGGUACCUCUGUCAACACGGACGAGGUAAUCGCAGAGGAUGACGCGUCGUUGUGGACGGCCAGGACCGGCAAGGUUGCCCUCAGAGUCACCUCACCCACUUCCUUCCGCCGGACCGCUGAUGGCCGGCCGAUCCCCCCUAGAAGUACCCUGAAAGGAUUUGACCCUUCUUUUUCGGAUACGGUGGAUUGGUACCCAGUAGGGCACAACCUCUCUGGACAAAUAUCUAGUCAAGACCAUCUAUUGCAAUCUGCUCGCAAGGAGAUACAUUCGACUACGGAGGACUUCUUCCUGUCCAAAGCUUUUUCUGAUAGUCUAGGGCCGAGUAAAAUCAUCCCAUUCUUUUACAAGGCUCUUGGCCCGGAUCAGUCUGGCGAAAUCAACCCAAAGGACAUCUCGAUCACUACACUUGUCACCAGUAACCGCUUCAAGGUCUUUGCUAAGCUGGUCGAAAAUUACCAGGGGCCCAUCUCGGCUACUAUCCACGUCUCAGAUUCACCCGCGAUCUUGAAGCCGCUUCUCGAGAGUCUGGAUGAGCUCUACCACAGCUCAAAGUCGAUGUCAACUUGGGUGGAUAUUCAUUUAGUUGUUGAUUCGUUCGAUAGGCAAUUUAACAUGUGGCGAAACGUGGCCAAGUUUUUUGCCCGGACGGACUAUGUGAUGAUGUUAGAUGUAGAUUUCUGGAUUUGUACGAACUUUCGGCAGCGAAUCCUUGGUUCCCCGGAGCUACUGGACAAGCUAGCGGCGGGCACUAGCGCGUUUGUGAUUCCGGCGUUCGAGUACACCAAGCAGUCCGACGGGGUCGACCCGGAUGGCUUCCCAUCCGACAAACAGGCUCUCAUGAAGCUCGUCUCCUCCGGUCAGAUCGGCAUGUUCCACAAAAGCUGGAAGCCUGGACAUGGCUCAACAAAUUACACUCGCUUCUAUCACGCUGAUCAGCUUGACCAGAUAUAUCCUGCCUCUGGUUAUUCCCAUAGUUAUGAACCUUAUGUGGUCUACAAAAAAGAUAAGACCCCCUUUUGUGACGAAAGGUUCAUCGGUUAUGGGGCGAACAAAGCAGCAUGUAUCUUUGAGUUAUAUCUAUCCGGGGUAUCGUUUUACGUGUUACCCCAAGAUUUCUUAAUUCACCAAUCACACGCGUAUGCCGAGAAAACCAGACACCACGAAAGAAGAUUUAAUCGAAAGCUAUACUCAGACUUUCGGGAAGAGGUGUGUUUUCGAUACUUCAACGAGUUCAUGAAGCUCGGUCUGAUAUAUGACAAGGGUCAAAACAUGCUGGGUGAAUGCCAAAAAAUCCGAGGCUUCGCAGAAGCUGCAACUAGGCUUGGGCAAGCAAAUCUGGUGCCUAUUAACUUUAAAAAAUAAUGUGAUACCAAGACACACACGCUAAGCAGAGCCCG